UACCAGCACAAGGAAGAAAAAAAGCAUCGAAGAAAACUUUACAUGGCGAAAGAAACACCAGUUUUCAAGCAAGACCAGAGCUGAGACUCCAGCUCCAGCAUGUCGUGGAGGUGUAGUGUCCGAGGGUGUGGGAAACGCAAUCAGGCCAAAGCUAAAGAUGUUGUUAUUCACCGUUUCCCUGAAAAAGACUUGGAGCUCUGCAGUAAAUGGUUAGCGGCUAUCGGGAAGGUUGUGAAUAAAACGGAGAGGAAAUACGCGUCUUUCCGAGUGUGCAGCCAGCACUUCAGACCUGACGACUAUGAGAGGGAUUUGAAGGCGGAAUUAUUGGGAUGUCCACCAAAAAAGGUCUUAAAGAAAACAGCAAUUCCGUCUAUAUUCCAGACUAAACGAAAGCCAGGCAGAAGGCCCUCUCACACUCCAAAGAAAAGUCAACCUGAGGUGUCUUCUGAGAAAGAAAAUGCACCUACUGCACUCUCAGCAUGUUCUGAGGCAGAGGAGAUGUCAUGGCUUAAAGCUAUUAAGAGCCUUCAGACUCCUCAAGGAUCUAACAUUUUUAAGAGUCGUGAGGUGCUGGUGAACACCCAGUGUUUGCUGGAGCUCUUCCAGUUCUGCUGGCUUUGUCAGAAAGAGUGCUGUAUUACCAUUGAGGGCAACGAGAAGCUGUUUUCAGUCACGCAGGACUGUGAGAGUUGUGGCUACCACAGAGACUGGAGGAGUCACCCGCCUUCAGCCGAACCCGCACACACCUUUCAUAAAGAGGCAGAACAUGCACCGAAGCAUGAAGAGGUUGUGGUUCAUACUGGGUCUUCAGCUAACAAGUGCAGUGAGCAGAGCCAUGAACAAGUGUUCACUGAAGAGGAUGGCUCAUACUUAUCUAGCGAGGAUGAAGAAGCAAGUCUGCAGGAAGAGGAAGUUAAGACCAAAAAGAGGAAAUCUAAGGGGCAGGACAGUUCAGAUGAGCAGGAACUACAUUCAGAUGCAGAGGCCACAGACUCUGAUGUGUCCAUGGAUGAAGACCUGUUCACAGCUUUAAAGGAGGAUGGUCAGGGUAAACUUGUGGUGUGGUGUACACAAUGUGGGAUCGAGGCCUCGCUCUCCUGUUCUGUCCAUCGACACAAAAAGGUGUUCUGCUGUGCUCAGUGCAGUGCAGGUGACAACAUUAAAACACAUACUUUUGAAACACUACGUAUUCGGUUUGAUGACGUCGGCAGUUUUCAGAAACAUGCUGAACAGGAGCACGGAUCCAAACCAUUCUAUAUACUGUGUCAGGACUGUGGCAAAUUUGUUAUAGCAAAAAAAGAGCAUGUAUGUGAACAUAAAAUCAAGUUUAUCAUCUGUCCAGAGUGUGGGAAAAGAUUCCUCACUGAGGGCGGCCUAAAGACGCACUACACUCAGCUCCAUUCGGAUUAUGAUCACCCGUGUAAAUACUGUCUGAAGGUCUUCAAAACCAGGUCUUUAAAACUGGAACAUGAGCAGACUCAUCCUAAAGAAAAACAACCAUACAGGUGUCCAGAUUGUCCAGAGAAGUUUGACAAUAUUCACAAACGCAAUAACCAUGUUAAGUCCCACCGAGGUCCACAUAAAUAUGUGUGUGAUGUAUGUGAGAAAGGCUUUAGGGAUAUUAACAGGCUGAGGAGGCAUAAGCUCAUCCACUCUGGAGAAAAGCCUUUCAAAUGCCAAGUGUGUGAGCGUUCCUUUAACCGAAUGGAAAAUCUUGGUGCCCACAUGCGCGUCCACACUGGAGAGAGGCCUUUCAUAUGUGAGCAAUGUGGAGAGUCAUUCAGUCACAACGUCAGCCUGAAGAACCACAAGCAACGACACCAUGACUCGAGUUUGACUCAAGAGAAAGAAGUGCUAAAUGAUAUAGAGAAAGAAGUGCUAAGUGAUGUAGAGAAUAAGGUGAAAACAGCAGUGGGGGUUCCAUAGUAAAGCUCUGAUUGCUUUACUGCUGAUGGAGCAACAGUGCAGUGUUCUUCACAUAACUUUCAAGUUCUCUACGACUUUGGUCCUGGCUUCAGGAACCAGGAACAAUAUCUCUCCAAGGAAAUCCCAAAGAAACUGAAUAUCAUUCUGACACUUUCUAUCUGCAGACCAUGUGAUACAUUUUGAAAGCAGCUCUGUUUGCUAUUCCGGUACUAACUUAGUGGUAUUCAUAAAGCAUGGCCUGUGUACUGUGUAACAGCAUGAUAAAAUGUUUAUCCGUGAAGACUACUGCAGUGUUUUUGUAAAGCACUUAAAUAAACCAAACAGGAGGCACAA